GCCGCGUGCAGCCGCGUGCAGCGCCGCGCGCAGCUCAAUGUGGGAAAUGACCGAGAGUGACCUCGAGGACGCGCCUGGAGCCGCUGUUUGGACACACGCGCGUUUCCGCCUUAUUGCGAUGUGCGCUCGGCUUUAGUCUGUUUGUGGUUGUGUCUGUGAAGCCGAGGGCCCGGGGCAGCUGCGGGGGGUUUAUCUCUGUGUUUCCUCGGUGCUAACGUUAGCGGCUAAGCUAAGCGGCGCUAGCCUGUUUCUCUCACGGGCGACGAGGCUUUUUCCUUUUUUUCUGCAGAUGCUAAGCUAAAGCUAGGCUAACAGCUGUCAUGGAUAAAGCCAAGUCAAUGAUGGACAAGAAGGGGGCGUCAGGGCCUUUUCAUGUGGCCAACGGGCAGAGGAGCUUCACCUCCGUGACAGCGAACGGAGCCUGCAGCAGCAACGGAGACAUGCACCACCUGCACCGCGGGGACGAGCCCGACUGCACCGGCUCCCCCGCCAAGAGGUCCCGGCUCCGGAGGAGAACCGAGUCUGUGCGGCGGAACCGCCCGCCCUUCCCCUGGUUUGGCAUGGACAUCGGGGGCACCCUGGUGAAGCUGGUGUACUUCGAACCCGUCGAUAUCACCGCAGAAGAAGAACAGGAGGAAGUGGAAAACCUCAAGUCUAUCCGCCGCUACCUCACCUCAAACGUGGCCUAUGGUAAAACGGGCGUCCGGGAUGUGCACUUGGAGCUGAGGAACCUGACCAUGUGCGGCCGGACCGGGAAUCUCCACUUUAUCCGCUUCCCGACACAGGCCAUGCAUCGCUUCAUUCAAAUGGGCAGCGAUAAGAACUUCUCCAGCCUGCACACCACGCUCUGCGCCACGGGGGGCGGAGCCUACAAGUUCGAGAAUGAUUUCCGAACCAUGGCCGACCUGGAGCUCCUGAAGCUGGACGAGCUGGACUGCCUGAUCCGGGGGCUGCUGUUCGUCGACCGCGUGGGUUUUAACGGUCACCCCGAGUGCUACUAUUUUCAGAACCCGUCGGACACUCAGAACUGUGUGAAGAGGCCCUGCACUUUGGACAACCCCUUCCCCAUGCUGCUGGUCAACAUCGGGUCGGGCGUGUCCAUCCUGGCCGUGCAUUCUCAGGACAACUACAAACGGGUCACUGGCACGAGUCUCGGAGGUGGCACGUUCCUGGGCCUCUGCUGUCUGCUCACGGGCUGUGAGACGUUUGAAGAAGCUCUGGAAAUGGCCAGCAAGGGAGAUUCUACUAAUGUGGACAAAUUGGUCAAAGAUAUUUAUGGAGGAGACUACGAGCGCUUUGGGCUGCAGGGCUCUGCGGUGGCAUCGAGUUUUGGCCACAUGAUGUGCAAAGAGCGACGCGACAGCAUCAGCAAAGAGGACCUGGCCCGGGCCACGCUCGUCACCAUCACUAACAACAUCGGCUCCAUCGCUCGCAUGUGCGCCGUCAAUGAGAAAAUUGAACGUGUGGUGUUUGUCGGGAACUUUCUUCGUAUCAACACAGUAUCCACCAAACUUCUAGCCUACGCCAUGGACUUCUGGUCCAAAGGGCAGCUAAAGGCGCUCUUUCUGGAACACGAGGGUUAUUUUGGAGCGGUGGGGGCUCUGAUGGAGCUGCUCAAAGCUUCCGAGGACCUGUGACCGGCACGUGCUUCUCUCAACUGUGAUGUCAACAUCUGUCGACGCUCCGACUGUGUUUCUCAAUGCUGCUCAUCGGUCUCCUGGAGGCCGCUAAAGGAACUCUCGAGGGGAGGGGACAUACUGUAGAUACAGAAACUGGGAAAAGCCAUUUUAUUAAUUUAUACUCUGUAAAUAAGGAUAACUUCUAAUACUCUUCUCCCAAGCAGAGGCUCCCUUAUAAUAGAGAUUUUAUUAUGUAAGAUUAAUUUAUGCUAAUGUAACUUGACUCUAGUGUUUCCUGUGACUUGUGGGAGACAUGGAGUGGUUUUAUUCUGCGUGUUUGUGUGAAUAACUACUGUAGCAUUAAGUCUUGAACGCUGUAGUGCCCCAGUGAUGCAAAGUCUUUUUUUUUUUUGUCUGAUACAGUUUACAUUCACUCUUACAGUCAAACCAAGUGCCAGUAGCUGCACUCGCCACAACACUACACACACGCAUAAGCCAAACUUUAAAUACUUGUCCAACUCGCAUUAUUUUUUUUUUUAAGCCAAGCAAAACAUGUUUCUUAUACGUAAACAUUUUUGAUCUGCUCUUAAAACCCGCUCGAUAACGCCAUUAGAAGUGUCCUAGGCCGGCUUCAUCUUUACGACACUGAGUUCUACAUUGUUGGGACCAAGGCAUUGUCUUCCACCUGGUAGCACUACAGCAGAAAUAUCGGUCCAUUCUGCCUCAGCAACGCCCCCUGUUGCCCUACGACACAACGGGUGCGUUUAAGAUGAGCAAAGGCGCUGCAGCCAUCAGUCGAUUUGAGGUAUCGCAGGUGCCGUCGCGCGGAUAUUGUGAGAUCGAGAUGGCUGCAGGCACCUUGAGAGACGAGGGAAAAAGGCGAGAAAAGCGACUGCAGCUGCGUUCUAUCUGCUUUUAUAUCAUCAGACAGAAAGAGCCUCAUCUCUACACAUGAUUAACCCAUAAAUACCUUGAGAUGAAAGUAAUUUUCACCACAGACCAGGCGUAAACUCGUGAACUUUACCGUGAGAUGUGUGUUCUUCUCUCAGGCUCGUCCGUGCUGAUUUCAGUCUCAUCCUGCAGCCGACGAUCCAAACGGCGAGGAUUUCACCAUCUUAAACACACCUAUUGUCUAAGUGACCUAAACUACAGCGCCAUCUGCUGCCUUGAAGAGUUUUACAUGCGUACGUGUUUGUGUUAGGACAGGACCAAGAGGGAAACUAUUCCUAAAGGCAUAUGCAAACUGUACUCGUGACCCAGUAAGUCGUUACACUCAGAUGACCAAGCAAGGUACUGAAAAAGGCAACGGUUUAAUCUGCGUUUUGACUUUUUAUUUUUCACAUCUGCAGGAAAAAAAAAUCACGCCACAUGACUACUUAUUAUUAUUUAUUCAGAGUUAAUCCGAACAAGCUUAACGUGGUCGUAUUGUGUGUGAUAUAACGCUUUUAACCGUAGUCUCCUCCGCUUCCUUCUGCGUUCACUUUUCCGCACUGCACUGUACUUAAACAAACGCCUUUUACUUUUUGUGCAUUAUAUUUUUGUAUUUUUCCAACUUUUUGUAUCGUUCUAAGGCCUCACCAACCGGAGAUCGAGCUUGAUUUUACCCAAGUAGCCGCAGCGUUUUACAGUAAAAACAAAAUCCCGUUUGUUUAGUAUCUUCUUCAGAGCGACCCAGAUAACGAUGACGACAUAACGGAUUCUUUUUACAAACUUAAACUGAUCCCCGUGUUCAACUUUGACCCUCACAAUCGACUCGCUUUUGUAACUCUAUGUGUAAUCUUGAAUAGUUGAGUAGACGACGAUAGUUUUAACGUAAACGGAGGGUCGUGACACACUACUAACUCUGGGGAAACUUUGAGUACCAAGUCUUGCAACGAUGAUGAUAUUUAUGUAUUUGUGGUGUUUUUCUCCCUUCCUGUAUCUGCCUUGUUUGUUUUACGUUUGCGUUUCUAACCGUAGCCUUGAGCAGGUGUCGCCUUUGCUUUAAAAUCUCAUAACCUUUCCCCCACAGGCCUUCACUUCGGCUUAACUCACGUGUGUCCUUCAGUUACUCUUUUCGUUCUUAAUAUUUCUGAACUAUUUAGUGCAUUUAACUGCAGUUUAAAAGAAAAAAACAAAAGCAGGAAUUUGGUUUUUAUUACGUUUUGAUAUGUACGGACAUUUUUGGCCUGUGAUGUCAAUUGAGGCAUUUUAUAAUUUCAUCGUGUUGUUGUUCAGAUGUUUUUUGCCCGGUGAAUCCAGAAUGAUGUCUGUAUUUUUUUAAUACAGAUUGACAUGAAGCUCAACUGUUCUGGAAGUAACUUUUACGUUAAUUUUUCUCAUAGACUUUUGGAAAAAUUCAGAUGUUAAGAGUUCAAAGGCGUCGCUAACCAGCUUUGUGCUAACUAAUCUGCAUAAUGUGGUUGUUUUAAGUCUAAAAAGGUCUUUUAAAAUGCCAGAUUAUGCUAAAUGUUUUAAUAGCGUCGCAGUUUAUAACCUUUCAGAAACAGUUUUUAAAUUAAACUAUAGGUAUAACUUGUGGUCAGUACUUACAAUGUAACUGAUUACUCCUGAUCUUUUAAUAUCCUUUUUUUUUUUUUGGAAAGUCUUUCAGAAAAAUUAAUGGUAAAGUUUGUUCCAGAACCACGAGUUGAGCGGUCACUGUUGAGCUCUAUCUGUCUGGUUACAAACCCGGUCCAAUCAGAUCUGUUUAUUUCAGUGACACAUGUGAAACGACGCAGCUCAUUGGUCGCCUCUUUAACAGAGUUUAGGCUUCGUUUCCUGAUUCUACAGAAAUUGUCCAUGUUUUUCAGCCCAUGUGAUAUUUUUCCCCCUAUUUCAUUUCCGAUAUGGACAAAUUGUGCAUGUCCCUGAUUGGCUACUCCACCUGUCAGUCACGCCCAUUUGAAAAAAAAGUUGUUUCAUGGGUGACUAGACUCAAAGUAUUGCAAAGUGUGUAUUCUGGAUCCCAGGCAAACACGUCCAAACUGUUUAAACUGUAUUUUUCUGUUUGUUUUUGAGAUAUGGCAUUGUUCUUUGACCCAUAUCUUCAGUAUUCAUAGAUGUACUAACUCAACACCGCAGUAUAUUUUGUAUCUGAAAAUAGCCCAGUGUAUUUUGCUGUUGUGGGACCAUGACGUAAGGGAGCAUGUUGCAGUACUAUUAGGAAUGUUUACUGUUUGAAGUAAUCAUCUAAAGCCUAUGCAGUAACUCCUCCUCUGAUCUAACACUGCACCAAACUCAAACUUUUAUGUCUAUCUGGAAUUUUGCUUGUUUUAUAUUUGUUUUUUUCUUUUUUUAUUCUCAGUUUGUCCUGUUUUAAUCUUGAUAAAGAGAGUUGUCUCCUUUUUAAGCUUCUCUUUUGACCAGCAGUGGUGAAAAACAAAGUAAAGUAGAAUUUUUACUUUACUUAAGUACUUUUUACUUUUACAGCACUACAUUUGAGAGCAGUAUCUGUACUUUCUACUCCACUACAUUUUUUUAACACGAUUGGAAAGUAAAAAGUACUUUUCAUCUGAUUUGAGGGGUUAUUUUACCAAGUUCGUGGAAAAAUGUUGACUAAAGUUUUCGAGUUCAAGCUUCGUUUUUGAGCAAACAAAAAUAAAAACGCAAAAUUCAUGAGAAAAAUUGAGAAAUUGAUUCGUAGUGGAACAAAAUAUGAAUCAUUUUGACUCAGUAUUACUACAUUUAACACUAAAAAACGAACAACAAACACUUUUAAACAAGCACUUAAAUACUUUUACUCGAGUAACGUUUUACCUCUGUAUCUGUACUUUUACUCGCAUACUCCACUGCUGACCAGAAAGAAGCACCUUUUUAAAACUGGAAUGGUCUUUGGAUCUAUGCAUCUGUCCGCGUUUUUAAACUAUGUUCCCGUUCGUGUUCGCGCCGCUUUUCCUGUAAAGAACUGCAGUACUACAUUGUGUUCUAUGGUUGUUUUUCCCAGCCUGCAUCAUGAUACCUAAUAAGGUCAGACUUCCUGUUGUGCAAACAUGGCAUUGAAACCCUGGCAGCACUAAACCUCGCCUCUAUUGUACAGAGAUUUUGUAAAUAAAUAGUAAUAGGUUUUAUCCAACACCAGCAUCUGUCUGACGAGAGUCGAGAUCCGCGCGAGGGCCGGGUUUCCUCAACACUUUGAAAUUCCAAAGCAGCGGCCGCUUGAAGCAUGUGGAUAAGAUAGCGUUUUGCGUUUAGCGUUUAGCGUUUAGUGUACUGCUGCUGCGUCAGUCUAGGUCUGCCGGGGUUCGGUGGGUGAACCGGAGAGCUGCUGGUGACGAGCUCGUGGUUCAGAGCCAGUUUUUGCUGCUGCUGCUGUUGAUUCUGGUUUGGAAAAGAGGGUUAAAACGACUAAUGACGAGACUCUCUGCCUUGUGCAAUGUAUGCUCUGAUGUGAAGAGAUUUUUAAAUGGAAUAAACCUAAAACU